AUGGUGAAAGCGGAUGUGCGGAGGGAUUACUACGCGGACCUAGGUCUCGCGCCCAGCGCGGAAGCUGAGGACAUAAAGAAGCAGUUCAGGAAACUAGCACUGAAGUACCACCCCGACCGAAACCCGGGCAAAGAAAUCGAGUUCAACGCCAAGUUCCAGGCCAUCCAGGCAGCCAACGAGAUCCUUGGUGACCCUCAACAACGAUUGAAAUAUGACACGGACCGCUUGCGCGCUGGAUAUGGAAAGUUUUAUGGACCGCCCAAGGCAAAUACGCCGCGGAAAGCUCAGCCGAGCAGUCGUGCGCCUACCUCUGCUUCGAAAUCGCAGAGCCAGAAGCCCCCCAACUCUCGCAAACCACAGCCCCCGCCAAAUGAGCGACCGCCAAAUGGACCGUCGUUUGGAGCCCAACGAUAUGCAUCGCAUGCUCGAGCGGGACCGCAACAAUGGCAUAAAGCACAGGAUGAGGCGCAGACGAGGGCGGAUGCUUUCCGGGGAUUCCAAGGUAUGAGAGGAAACAACAAUACGCCAGGCUGGCAACAGUUUGAUCCUCGAACUGGACACGCAACUCCCCCAUCUGGCGCUGCGCCGAGACAGAAUGCACCUUUCGGGCAGCAGGGUCCACGCCCUAAAUCUGCAUAUGAAUACUUUAAAGCUCCGCCACCGACAGCGUCGAAUUCAACAUCACCAAAGAAGAAGCAGGGGUUUGCACCGGGAACUGCAGGAGGGGACGAGCCCAUGGCCCGCGGUACCUCUGCCUAUACUACUAAUCAUCGGACGGACCGGCCCUUCAGCUAUAUCGACCCUGAGCCAUCCCGCAUGGGGGGAUAUAGUAGCCGCUACGCCACGACCGGAGGCGAAAAGACUUUCUUUGCGAGCCCUAAGCUUAAUCGGUCCGCAACCAUGCGCACUCCUUCUGGUUCAUAUCACCCCAGCUCCUCAUCCGGCCAACCGGGACGCCAUCACAGUGCCAGCCCCAAGGACCGAUCCACACGAUCUCGCAACAUCUCCAUAUCAUCGAGUUCCAGUGAUCUGGACGACGAAUCCGACUCCGAUUCCGACGAGGUGAACGUUGGCCGCACCGGCACAUUCAAACCAAAGGCCGUGCCCAAGAGCCGCCUUCGCCCACACCAGAAAUUCGCAGACUUCCAUCGUGAGGAUGAUUCCAGCCCCGGUGAGGACCCCUUCCCCCAAUGGACCCCUUCAGACUUUACGCACUCGUACUCCCCGCCUCCGCCGCCGGAUUUCUCCCAAACCUGGAGACCACGGAAUCCCCCUCGAUCCUGGAUGUAUGAUGCACUUGCUGACAGUGACGACGCAAAAGGGCAUAAUUCGGAUAGCGCGGCAUUCCCCAAAGGAUCAUAUCGACCGGAUCAGUAUCCCAAGUUCCAGGGUUCUAGCACUAGGACCGAUGCGUCUUCCAAUACGGCAAACCCUCAUUUCGGAGAAUUUGGGCGUAACAGCCCAAGCAACCUACAUAAGAAGUUCUCCGCCGAGGACUGGAGAGAUCAUCUGACCCAGUUUACCUUCUUGGGCCAGCAAUCUCCAGACAAGGAGGUGUUCGGCCGGCCGACAAGUUCCCAGAACCGACCACGGGCGUCGACUCAAAAUGGAUCUACCCAGCCAGCGCGGUCGGCUGCAUCAGCUAGUGCGAAGCCAUUUGUUGAUACCUCUCAAUACCCGAAAGCCCAGCCAGUGGAGCAGCCACCUACUCCGUUCGCGAAAGCAACCUUUUCUGUGGACCAAUGGUCCGAGCAGUUACAGAACCUUUCGUGGAAUAUGCCCGCGACAGACAAGUCCCGGCCCUCGGCAAACAUCCCGCAUUCUCGAAGUCCUAAAAGACCCCCACGACCCGGCAUCAAAGUCCGAAGCGCGCCACAACAAGCAACCGUGGCAACCGAAGCGGAGGAAGUACAAGAGACGGCCAAUGGCAACAUUCCUCCCGAGUCCACUCGCGCUGCGCCGGCGGACGUUGAGGCGAUGGAUCUAGAUGACGAUCUUUCUCCCCCGCCGCCUUUGUCGUCCAUGCCCGAGAAAGGGCCCGCUGGAGAACCUCGAACCGCAAGCUAUCCCGACUUGACCUCACAGGCUUCUAAGGAUGCACCCACGCCGACCAAAAAGCCUCGAUCACAGUCUCGGACAGAGGGCAAUACCUCGAGCGCAGAGAGUCGCGCACCGCUCUUCGAUCUUGAUAAUCUGCGGAACACAGCCCCGUUCAGCAGCGCAAACGGCGGCAUUGAGAAUCUACAAGAGAUGGGCGACACACUUCCCUUCCAAUCUCGGGCGAAGCAGCCGACAACAACGAAGCGUGACAUCCGGCCUCGAGAGUUGAACUGUCCAAACCCACCCAAACGGCCGCGCGCACCGGAGCCGGCCCCUGCUCGUGCCGGAUCGCAGCAACUCGCUCUUCCUCGCGAGCAGUGGUCCCGCUACGUGGCGGAGAUGACGACGUAUAUGCGCGAGUGGAACCAAUUUAACCGCCGCAUGCUUCUCCAUUUCAAUGCCCGCCAGGAGGCCGUUGAGACCGGGCUCGCACCGCGCUGGAUCAGCGCCGUUGGCGACAGUGCCCGCUUGAAUCUGAACGGCGCCGAUGGCGACGAUCCCCAGAGCGGAAUCAUCGAAGACCCCGACAGAAACGAGGGCGAGGAGACGCUCGUCCCCGGCAGUGGCAAGGGCGGAUUCAGCGCGUAUCUGCGCGGAAUCGAGGAGGAUAUCCAGGUGCGCAAGCACUGGGAGGUGGCGUGUGAGAUGCACCGCGAGUGUAUCCUGGAUCUGGGCCGUCUGCGAGAGUGGAUCCGCAAUGGAGGGAAGGUGAUGUGA